GAGCGGGUCUUUCCUCUCUUUCCGCUUUUGGCAUUGUCCCCUCCCCCCCUUCACAAAGGAAUUUGUCGACCACAGGAAUCCCGAGUCUCGGUUUCUAACGUCCAGAGACGCCUGCAGAGGAGGCUAUGUUCUGUAGUUGCUCUUUCGGUUGAAAGUUCUUGGAUAGUGCGACAACUACUUGAGUUAUCUGUCAACGAGGUGAUCAUACCGUCAGCUCUGGAUAAACAGACCGAACAAAAAGAGGCGAAAACCGAGUAGGGGAGUUUCGAAUUUCGUCAUGAGAAAAACAAGUGACAAGCAAGAAUUCCUGCACAUAUGGGGAAGACUAGUAGAGGGGAAAACAAAGAAUAAAGCCGCGCUGACACGCGAAACCAGGAAAGCGGGGCUGUGACCGGUUAUUACUACAAGAUAUUCACAUCACCAAUGUCUAAAAAUAUUUUCCAGCGGGUUUGAAAUUCCAGAGGGGUGGGGGGUCAUACCUUCGACCCCCUCAAUAGGGGGGUAUCGAUAUUUUCUGGAACUACACAAUGACCAGCCUGGGCAAGACAUUUGAACAUCUAACCUGAGUAUCAGGCGAAGAUUUUUCCGAAGAAAAUGAGGAAAGGAAAAAAUAUAUUUUUUUAAUGUAAUAGAAAACGAUUUCUCUGAUUCUGCUAACGCAAGGUCCGCCAUUACUCUGAGAACGAACAGUCGAAGGGUUAGGGUACUAUAUAUAGCUGAACCAAUCAGCGCAUCUAAUUCGAGUGCCCUUUGUUUUGUUUUUUGUUUGUUUGUUUGUUUUUGACCAAUCAGGAGCCAUGCCGGAAUCCGGCAUGAGAACAUGCGAUUUGAAUAGUACUUGUGUAUCAGGCCCUUGUCUUGUUUCUCGCCGGCGCGAUAGAAACAUUGGAGGGCCUGAUACUCAGGUUACGCUCAUGCGAAACCAGGAAAGCGCGACUGAGACCGGUAGCAUAUAAUGUUUUCGGAUGAGGAGGAGGCAGAGAACAAGAGGCAGCAGGAAUAUGCCAAGAACACCACCAAGACCCUUGACAGACUCAAGAGCUCCAUGGACAAACGACUCAGGCCGUUCUUUGGAGGUAAACCAGUGGUUGUUUAUGUGGAUAUCUACAUUGUGAAUAUCGGCGAGAUUUCCGUUACGAACAUGGACUACAAACUGAUGUUGUACUACCGUCAGACGUGGCACGAUCCUCGCCUCGCGUUUGACCUCCCGGAGGCCAUUACUGUACAGGGUGGCAUGCUAAACGACAUCUGGAUCCCUGAUACCCUAUUUACUAAUGAGAAAUCGUCCACCUUCCACAAAGUCACCCAGGAUAACUACCUCCUAAGCAUCUGGCCAAAUGGCACUACCUACCUGAGUAUGAGAAUCUCGUUGACUGGCAUCUGUCCUAUGGAUUUACGAAAAUACCCCAUGGAUACACAGACGUGUUACCUCAACAUCAUGAGCUACUCUGGCAGUACAGACAACCUUAUUUUGAAGUGGAAGUUCGGGGAGACUGGGUCAGUCACGUGGGCUGAGAAUAUCAACCUCCCUCAGAUGGAUGUGCUGGGAGUGAAAGGAAGAGAAGUUGUCGACGUCUUCGCCAGCGGUAACUUCUCUCGUCUGUCCCUGGCGUUUAAGUUUAAGCGGCGCAUCAGCUUGUUUCUGACUGAGACUUACGUACCCUUGGUGCUGAUCGUUGCUCUAUCGUGGGUCUCAUUCUGGAUCAACUACAAGGUCGCACCCGCUCGAGUCGCACUCUGCAUAACUACGGUGCUGACCAUUAUCACGCUGAGCGCUUCUGUUCGCACAUCUCUACCCAAAGUGACGUACACCAAGUACAGCGACUGGAUCUUGAUAACUGGACUGGUGUAUGUCUUCGGGGCGUUGGUCGAGUAUGCUGUCGUAAACUAUUUCGAUAACGCUCAAGCGAAAAAAAACGUCGCAAAAGCAGUGGACGUUGAAAACGCCAAGGAAACAGAGGAGACUGGGGACGAGCUUCCAAAGCAAGAGAAGGAGACCGCUGUUCGGAGAGCUCGGCGCAUGCUCGGUCUGGGUGAGGUUCAAGUCGAGACGAUUGAUAUCCGUUGCCGCUGGAUGGUCCCCGCGUCAUUUAUUGUGCUUAACCUCAUCUACUGGAUUUAUUUCAUUAUCGAAUCCUCUGAAGACUAGGGGGCUUAAGCGCAACGCGUACAAUGAACGCAGGGCAAGCGCAAGAGAACGCAAGGGCAAGCGCAGGAGAACGCAAGGGCAAGCGCAAGAGAACGCAAGGGCAAGCGCAAGAGAACGCAAGGGCAAGCGCAACGCGCACAAUGAACGCAAGGGCAAGCGCAACGCGUACAAUGAACGCAAGGGCAAGCGCAACGAGUACAAUGAACGCAAGGGCAAGCGCAAGAGAACGUAAAUGUUUGAUUUUCUUGCGCUUGUGUUUGACCGAUUCUCACUUGUGUUGUGCUUGCUAAACUUGCACUUGCUAUCUAAUAUCAUUUUUUCAUGAUCCAAUAGAAUAGAACCGUUUUCAUUUUAGGAUCGUUUGAAUUUGAAAGAGAUGCAAGUAGAUUGACUUCUCUACUGAAAUUUAGGUCUUAUUUGCAUGUCUUAUUUGCACUACUUAUAGAAUAGAAUUGUAUGAAAUUAAUGGCUGUUAAUGGCUUAUUAAUAGAAAUUGUGGGGGCUGUGUUACUAUUAAAAUCUACGAUCUCGGCGCAAAGACGCGCGAUUUAUAUGCGACAGCGCAUAUAAAGGGUUUACACUCGUGCCUUAUACCGCAUUCACACUAGCACUUCAACCAGUUUAAAGGUAGAUUAGUUAAACUGGUUUAAAUCUCAAUCUUCCAAGAGUGGACAGAACCAAGAUCAAGACUGUGCUGUACAUGUUACUAAGGGAUCAUUUAGCUAGUAAGAAUACAAAACAAAGAGAAACUUGGCAAGUUAUUAGGCAAGGAAAAACAUUGUUUAACUAAACAUGGUUUUGGCGUGAAUGCAGCAUAAGUCUAGGUGCCAGAGUGAUAUUAUCAAUUUUUGUUAUUCUCUUUAUUGAAUAGACUUGUAUGCCGAAAUUCACAUCCUGUAUUAGGAAGAUUUACAAAUAAAAGUGGUGGAUUCAGGA